CGUUAAUGUUCAACCUAUAUAUACGAUAUAAAUGUGUUUUCUCUUUCCUAAAAUAGCACAUCUCGGCGAAUUUAGUGACAGUCGCAAGCAAAAAUAGAAACAGUGAGGCUAUUUUGGUUUUGAUUAUAUAAGACUAAAGGAAUUCUCACAUCAGAAAGAGACGUUUUGCAGAUUUUGUCGUCUGCUAGAAACGUGGAAUCCACACAGAAUAAAGAAAUGUUACAGUUGAAAGCCAGCAAAUAACAUAAGAAGCAUAAACUUCAUAUUAAAAGAGAAAUAUUAAAAGCAAACAUUGAAGACCAUCUACCAGAUCCAAGGAAACUUGGCAGCAGGAUUUCUAGUUCUGGUGAUAAAUCUUCAAUAGUGGCUUCAGUACAGGAAACCCCACAGCCAGAAGAAAAAGCAAGGAUGGGGAGAAAAAAAAUACAGAUCUCUAGAAUUGGGGACGAGAGGAAUAGACAGGUGACAUUUACCAAAAGAAAGUUUGGUCUAAUGAAGAAAGCAUAUGAAUUAAGUGUCCUGUGUGACUGUGAGAUAGCCUUGAUUAUAUUUAACAGUGCCAACAAGUUGUUUCAGUAUGCCAGUACUGAUAUGGAUAAAGUCCUCCUCAAGUACACAGAGUAUAACGAACCUCAUGAAAGUCGUACAAACAAAGACAUUGUAGAGACCUUAACAAAAAAAGAAAAUAAAGGGUGUGAAAGUCCGGAACCAGAUAUGGAUCCAUACGGAAAUUCAUUAACACCGGAUGAGAAAUAUUCCAGAUUAAAUGAGGAAUAUCAGAGAGCAAUCCAGCAUCAAAAUUCUAUGAGACACAAUUUGAGUCCAUAUCCUAAUCAAUUGCCUCCACCUGGAGUUCCCUCCCCUGGAAUGCAAAUGCACAACUCUCCUUACAUGAGCCAGUCUUUACAUCAUGGAAUGUCACCAAACCCAACUAUCAGUAGUCCAGGGUUAUUACAGCCACCUGUUCAUCCAAGUGUUAGUCCUAGGCCAAAUUCUACAGGUAACAUGGUAGAUUUAACAGGAGCUUCCCAACCCAAUGGAUACUCACACAGGGUUUCCCCAUGUCCUUCUCCUGGUGCCAUGGUCAACAAAGGACUUUCACGACAAUCUCCGCCAUCACGGCAGCAUAAUAUGAGACCAAUGAUGCCCAACUCUAGAGCUAACAUGUUGAGUCCUGAUCCAACACAAUCAAGGUCUACAAAUUCUUCUCUCCUGACUCCAGCAGUGUCACUUACAAGCCCUAGUAACCAUAUUACAAACUAUCCGUCCCCAUUGCCUACUUCAUAUCAUUCAAAUGAUUUUGCCUUGAAUAACAACACUAUAGAUAUGAAUAGUAACAUGCCAAACUACUCACAACAAUGGAGCGGUGGAUCACUCACCUCAGGGAUACCUCCUGGAGGUAAUGGGCCUGGAAGUAUCAGUGGUUUUCAUCCAGCUUUACACUCGACCAGUGGACACGGAGGAGGCAGUAUAUCGCCUCUAAAUGUUAAUACGAUGAAUCAUCAUAAUAUAUCUAUGAAUAUAAAAAGCGAACCAUUAUCUCCACCUCGAGACUCGACUACUCCAUCGAAUCAUCAUACGUUAAGACCUCCGUCAACAGGCCAAAAUCAUCUUUCUCCUGGUCAUAUCAACCACUCACAUAGUAACAAUUCAUCGCCCACAGGCAUAUCACAUUCGUUAGACUAUGAUGGACCUAUGUUAAAACGGCCUCGUAUUGAUCACGGCGGCCCGUGGGCUACCUAGAACAUGUAUUAUAGCUGAGUUAUAUAAGUAGUCAUAUAAACUGUUCUUUGUUAAAUAUUAUGUAAUUGUUGCCAUGGUGUUGACCUUUUUUAAAUUUGACCCCAAGCUUCACUGUGACAUUGAGAUUUUUACCUCAGCUGUGCUAUUUAAUGUUACCAUGGUUUUCACACUGUGUAUGUGCCUUUUAAAUGGAGAUAACUAUUUUGCUGUACAUAUAUAUAUUUUAUCACUGUUACUCUCAAUUCACAUGUUUGUACGUCAAAUUUGUUAUUGUUUAUUUAUGUAUCACAUGUUCAUACAUAAGUGUGAAUGAGAUAGAAGUGACAAUGUGAUUCUACAUAUUCUCUGUCUAUGCCAGAGAAAUUUAUCAUAUUAUUUGAAAGGAAUAUCAUAAAACUUACACUGAAAGAACUUACAAGGAAGCUAACCAUUUUUUUAGCAAUUUGGAACCAAGUAGUUGUCUCCCCUUAUAUGAAUUUUCCUGUUCCAGUGAUGCAAAACAAACUUUUUUGUAGUAUAAAAAUUAACUUAAUAAAAAAGCAUUUUAAAAGGACAGAUUUAGUGGUUAUGAAUUUGAAAAUGAAAAAUCUUUUUAUUCUUUUGAUUAUCCUCCUGUUACACAAAAUGAUCUAAAGAAUUAUGUAGGCAGCAUGUAAAUGUGAUAGUAUCUCCAGCACCUGAUAUAAGGGCAAUAAUCACUCUCUACAAGAUUCCUAAAAUUUAAUUUACAAAGUCUUUAUAAGUAUCAUAUUGGUUUUAGUUUUAUGUGAAAAAUUGAAACUAUUCCUAGUUAAUAAAAAAAAAUAGGAAAAUUAGGUACUAAAAAUGGUUAAGAUGUACAGUAUUUAUAUUUUAUACAUUUUGAUGUUGCUCUCAUAUUUUGAAUUGUGUGAACGAUGAUGCCGGUGUUAAUUCUUUUAAUAAAUUGUGUUAAAAAAUAAGUGAAUACAUUUUAUAGGGCACUCGUAAGAUCUAAUUAAGUUUAUUUUGUUUUUGUUUUUUUUGUUUGAAAAAAUCUUAUUAAGGCUAUUCCAGAAAUGUUUGUGUGUUUGAAGACAAUUCAGUAGACAUUUUAUGUGUGUGGUUGUUUUUAUAAAUAUGCCUGAAGAGGUAAUGAUGUAAUCCUUUAUUAAAAAAUUGAAUUAAAAUUAAAAUUAAAAAUGACUUCUGACCUCUGACCUACAUUUAUUUCUAUAAUAGCCCUUAAUUUUCUCUUUUGCACAUUAAUUGAAACAGUGUCCCAAAAAAAUGUGUUAAGAAUCAGAUUUAUUUGCUUGAUGCUAUACCUUAUAGUGCUUUUAUUGAUUCUGAGUUGUUAUUAUAUAUUUUGUUGUUUAUUUAUUGUCUCUGUGUUGUUUAUGUUGACUAUUAUUUCUAUAUUGUUGACUUUUGUACUUUUGAAUUUCCAUCAUAACAUACAUGACGCCAAGAGUCUGAAAAAAAUUUCACCUGAAUUUGGUAAUUUUUCAAAUCCUAACACAUGUUAUUUAUAAUUAAAGCAUGAAUUUUAGAGUAUUAUUGAUGAUUUCAGAUUACCCAAUACAUUAUCUUUAUCUUACUGACAGCUUGCCAGUUUCAAAUCGUUUAAACAUCACAGUAAACAGCCUAGAAAAGGCAACACAUUUUGAUAAUGUACAAAUUUCAGUCUUACCGUCAAACUUUUCUAGACUCGUGUAUGGCAUCCCAUGAAAACACUUCCAUGAACAUUUGUAUUCUUAUAAAAAUCAAAACACAUACAAAAUUAUGAAAUUUUUGUUCCUUGGGGUGCUUCAUGAAACACAAUACAUGUUCAAUAUCUUUAAGAAUUCUUUUUUAGUACACAGAAUAUUUGUGCUUCAGAUUUAUGUGUAUUCUCAAAUGUUAAACUUGAAGUGUUUUAUAAUUUUUUCUACACAUGAAAUGUUUGUGAUGAAUAUAACAAGAUCUGUAUUUCUGCUUCUUAUUGAAGCAAGAUUUCUAUAUUUGUGAAGAACUACAGUUGUAGUUAUUUUGUGCUUUUUAGUUAAUGACAUAGAAAAAUAAUGAAUGUGUGAGACAUGUAUGGACUCGUGUUUGCAUUUCCAAAUAGAUUUUAUCAUUAUGUGCCUCUUAAACUUGCUUCUACCACUCAUUAUUUUAAAGUGCUAUUUAGUACUGUACAGUAGAGAUGAUUUGUCCUCUUUACCAUCAUUACAUUAAUGUUUGAUUAUGUUUUACUUAUCAUAGAACUCCUGACAAAUUUUGAAUUUCCGUAAAAGUAGAUUUUGAAUCAUUAUUUAAGGUAGAUUUGCAAUCCCUUAUCACGAAUAAUUUCAUGAUAAAGCACUUUGCAUGAUUAAUCGGUAAACAGUGAAUACUGCCUCAUUUCUUUUGUGGGGGGACUUCAAAUUUGAUUCACAAAAAUUAUGAAGUAGAAAUUGUUGACAGAAUAUUACCUCAGGGAAAUGUUACGUUGAUAAAUUCAUGUGCCUAAAUGUUUGGUUUCUACAGGAGUCAUUCAAAUAUUAUAUUGAUUGUGCCUCAAUGAGUUCUGGAAAGGUUGCAAAUUAUAGUCAUUGAAUAUCAUAAAAACCAAAUUGAGGCAGUGUACUUUAUUAUUGUUAAAUCAAAUCUCAAGGCAGUGUGCAUUCAUACAGUUGCUUAAUUUCUCUGAGUUAUAUUAACUUAAAUUUGAUUGAGUUUUAAUGAUUGGAUGGCUUGUACAGUUACUUAAAAAUGUAUUGUAUAUAAAGAUUUCUUCAGUCUCGUUUUGAUGUGACAGUUGCAAAAAUUUCAAAUUUUCAGUUUAUUUAAUGAUUGUUGUCUUCAAGUAUUAUAAAAGAUAUAUGUAAAAUUCCCAAGUCUGAGUAUACUUCUUAACAACAUAAGCAUUACUUAACCUAGACCAUAAGGGCAUCAGGUGGAGUUUGAAAUACACAAUUUAAUCUUCCAUUAGGACUUGUAAUGGAGUUCAAAAUAUUUUUCCACGAGGACAUCUGCUGGAGUUUGAAAUAUAUGAGAUGUAAAUUUCCGGUGUUAAUGUUUGAUCACUUCCCCCUUUUAUACUUUUUCAUUGUAAAAUUAAGUAUUGUUAUCAUGUAAUUUAUUGUAAUAUUAAAAAAAAAAUACACAUAAUUAUAUACUUAUACUGAAGGGUAGUGGUAGAGCUCCACAGAAAGAAGAAAACAAGACAACAGUGUAUCAGAGGCUUUGUUUAGAUUUCACACAAAUGUAAUGGUGCAUACACAAAAUGUCAUCACAAUGUAAAUAAUAACAAAAAAAUUAAAAAAUAAAGCUUAUAUUAUUUGUCA